AUGGACAGCAGCGAUACGCCUAUUGGAAUGCAGAAUGUGGGUUACUUGACGAUAUGUCUCUCGCCAUCUCACAAACUGUCGUACGCGGAUAUGGAGAGGCUGCAAAAGAAGGCGGAGCCACGAUGUGCUAUGUCACAGGUUCUGAUGCACAUGACCUAUGAAAUCAAAGGUAAUUGUAUUGAACGAGUGAUUUAUAGCGUUUACGAAAUUGGGGUGCAGCCGUUGACACUCCUGCAGUUGAAAGUGGACAACCUCGUUGAUAUUAUGGAUGGCUUCACAAAGUUGUCAAAUGUUUUUGAGCGGAAUGUGUCGCUGACGGGGGCGUUUCCAGUGAGUGUGGAUGAAGAGAAGCAAGUCGACACGGUCAACUUGCAAAGUGCUCGUCAACAGGAAUUGGAAGUGCUCGCUCGAGAAAAGGCAAGUUUAACCAAGUGUAUUCUUGAGCUUAAUAGGAAGUUGUGA